AUCGAUUAUCGACCAGCAUCACACAUUCGCGAUGGACAGCAAUGACUGCAUCACGGCAAACGGUCUUUUCGUGCAUGUUUAUGGUGCCGUCGUCGCAAGACAAAGUGUGAUCUUGACGGCGCAGGCGAUCGAAAGGAGCCGCCCUGCGAAUCCUGUCACCUUUCCGGCAACGAGUGUAUCCUUGCGCAGUCGAAACGAAGACAAUGGCAAAACAAAGCCAGGGCGAAUAUUCCACAAGAUUUGAAAAGCUUCGUAGAACACAAUGAGGCUUUUGGAACUUCGGCCGAAUUAUCUACAGCUCCCCAGGACACUGACAUGUAGAGACAAGCUCGAAGAUCCUUGGAGGGAUUUGGAACUUGGAAGAGGAAUCGAGUUAAGAAACCCAUCCGAUGCGCUCGAUGUGCUUGCACAUUCAGAUGAUCGUUCACUGCUAGCCACGACUCGUGGUCCAGCCAAUUAUGGAACGUCAUCUACGCCCAACGACCAGGAGGGUGGCAAUCAGUCUGCAACGCUUAAGGGUCUCGAGUUGCUAAAGGUAUGCGAAAAUAUACAUCCUUACUGUCCUAUAGUCCCGGAAAAGUUUCUCACGCCAAUGGCUGUGGAACAGAUUGCAAAACCUGAUCACUUCCUUCUCACAAUCGUGCUGACGAUUGCGUCGCGAGAUGCGUCGUAGCAUGUACUUGUCCACUGAUACUGCUGGGAUCAUGCGCACAUACUACUACUAGACGUAUUCCUAGCUCGGCCCUCAACUCAAAUGCCUCGUACCGUC